CACACAUUUUUGAAUUAUUUAUUGUUAUUACGUACUUAACGACGAAAGUAGAUUUUAGCUACUUGAUUUGCAUGUUAUAAUAAUUAUAUUGUCUUAUUUAGUUUACUUAACAAUAAAGUGAUACGUGUUACUAUUUUUUAUAAAGAAAUGAAUUCCAUGGAGCAUAACUGAAAAUUUUAGAUAUUAUUUAUUGAGAAAAACAAAAUAAAUUCAAAAAUGGGUGGUAUGAGAAAACCGGGAAUGGUACAAAGUAACGAGAGUCCGAAAAAUGCGAAGUAUAACAAACAAAAUAUGGAUGCUAGACAAAAAACUGGCAGUCCCAGGUUUAUGAAUCCUUCAGCGUAUUCACGAAGACUGACUUAUCCACGGGUUAUGAGCUUUCCAUAUCCGCCACCACCACGGCCCGUAGGAAAACCUAUGACUCCACCUUAUCCAGUUAACAGCAUGGGUUAUGCCUAUCCUGCUUAUCCCGGCACUAACUGGAAUUCGAUGGUACCAAUGCAAACAGCUCCAAUAUACUCCUCCAUGCCCGUGCGGCCCGUCUGGCCAAUGCAGCCUGUGAUGCCUUUACCUGCCACCAUGAUGAGGUCUCCGAGGUUGACUGCACCAGCAGGUCCAUAUGGACCAAUAAGGCCUUCUCCAAUGAUUGCCAAUCCUAUGAUGCCAGUAAUGCCCUACACAUCUCCUCCACGCAUGCCGCAGUACAACCAAAACUAUGGUGUUUUCACCAACUACGAUCAAUCAUUUCCAAGAGAGGCGACAGAUAGUCACAACACUAGCUUUAUGUCAGAUAGGUCGAAUGCCUCUGCAGAGACUGUAGUUGUACCGAGCCAAAGAAAACCUUUAGAUCUCGAAGGUUACUUACGCUUGCCUACGGAACUAUUCCCACCAGCUCGAGCCUUCAAAGUGGAUCCGAAUCCAUUAAUUGAUUUGUUGUGUAGAGAACCGAACAUAGACCUUCAAGCGCAAUGGAUGCUGGACUUGGAAUUCGGUAUGCUUAAGUCACCUGAUCGCUAUUCAGCCCACGAUCGAACUAAAGCCAUGUACGAUGCACAGUUCAACAGUGUAAAUUGUAUGAACAACCCAGGAACUAUACAUCCAUUGUUUGAGACGUGCAGCCAGGAUUUAAAAAACGCGUUUUUGUUCUACUACGACGGCAUCGUAUCAACUUGGUACAAGGGCUACAUGAUUAUGAAUUUGGAUACAUCCGUGGCCAAUUUCCAAUCUUGGUUGCAGGUUCCCAUGCCGGUGUUUGGAAUGUGCUGGCGUUAACAAAAUGUCGGUCUAACGAAAGGUAUUCUUACUAAGUAUAAAUUUAAAUGUUCGCAGUCACUUUGUUUUACCUUCGUUUGUGUUUUUUUAAACUGUCGGUGAUUGCGCUGAAGACCACAACGGUCUUUAGCAUUAACAUUAACAUGUUGAUAUCUUGAGAAAGAGUACCUUUUUAUCAUACUAAUACUAAGUAUGUAGUAUUUAUUUACAAAAUAUGUGGAAUUUGUACAAAGACAAUAAUUGCAUGUUCAAAAUUUUAACGCGUCAUUUAUAAACAUUUUGUUGUAAAAUAUACACUUAUAAUUUUUUAUACGAACUGAAAUAUUGAAUGAAUUGAGAAUGCUUUUAUUGUUUUUAAUUUCUAUGAAUUUUAAGUAUUAUUCUUUUUAAUGGAAAUGUUUUUAUGUUGCAUUAUGACACUCUAAGUAUAAUGUGAAAAUUAUU